AUGAAUUUCAUCUCUUGUCUCAAGAGUGUCAGCAUGCGAAUAGAAGUGGGGACGCUCCCAUGGCUGAUGACCGAAGACAGGGACAUCCCGAUCCUCCGCAUGGCGAUGGUCCACACUGCCCAUGAGGAGCCCCUGCUCCGCACCCAGGCCCGAAAUGCCAUGCUGACACUUUUGUCGAAGAUCAAGAUAGGCGAGGGCCAGCUGUUGCGGACUGCCCUGGAAAUGGCAAAGUCCAGGUUGCCGACCCCUUUGUGCACUUUACUGUGGCAGAAUUGGGCAAACAUGGCACAAGCAGCCAAAAACAGGAAUGCACCGGCUUUGCAAAAAUGGGCAUUUCGUGAAGAGGACCUUUGGGACCAUUUGGCCGAACUGAUCAAGCUUGACAUCACAGACAUCACACAGAUGGUCUGUGGUGUUAUUGUUGGAAGUCUGGUCUGGAAAUUAGGCUCCUUGACCCCCACAAAGGCUGUGGGAGCGAACCACUGGAACGCUCUCUUUGUGAACAUGGACGAGUUGGACUCAGAGCCGAUGAUGGCUGUUCCAAGUCCAGGGGCCUUCAGUUUGUCGCCCAAGUCCCACACAGAAUCAACGGCCUCGCUGUCGGACCAGUCUUCACUGGAAGAAUGUCCAAGUUUUACGGCCUGUGGGCUUGGAACCGCCAUGAAGGUUGCCGAGACAUUUGCCGAAGAUAUGGCAUCCAGUGACCAUUCCGCCGCCAUGGCUCUGAGAACUUUGGCAAUGUACACGGGAACUCUUCGUCACGCGGGCAUUGGCUGUGCAGUCAUGCCUUUGGUGGAGCUAAUGCUUUUGCCUUCACUACCUUCUGGCUCGAUCCGUGCCAUGGCAGACCUCGAUGCGGGCUGCAUCACUGAGGACUUGCUCGCACUGACCGAGCACUUUGUUGCUGGGGCCAUGGAGGAUUCCAAAUUCGUGGCCAAGGACCAUGAAGAUGGCAAGCCGCCAGAGCGCGAAGAGGUGGAAGCCAUGCAGAAAAACCGCAUGGAGCACUGGCAAGGGAUGCUGCAUGGUGCACAUUCGAUGGUGUCAGGGCGAGACACGGUGCCCAAUCCUUUUCGGGCCGCAAUUCUGGCAAAGAUGGGCUUUACCGGUGACGGUAUUCCGGUGGCGCAGCUCCCCCUUCGUGCGAACUGCAACACGUUUUCUUUCCAGUCUCUGCUGGAUGAGAACACAGCUGCCACCCUUGCGAUCAUGGAGUUGGAGCGGGCGUAUCCAGACUUGCUGGAGCACACAAAGCUCCUGGCACCCUCCGCACAAGUGGACCCCAUAAUCGAAGAAGCCACAGAGUUUGCCGCCGAGACAGUACCUGGCACUUUCGCCGAAGCGUUCGCCUGGUGGGAGGCAAUGGCUGCAGCUUCGUGUCAUUGUGAGCGAAGACCUAGAGUUGAAGGUUGGACGAUGGCGCUAGGCCCGGCAAACUUUGCAACGGAGGAGCUGCUUGGUGACGGGGCUGCAGUGUCAUCUGGCUGGCGUGGUGUGGAUGAGGCCAUGUGGCACCCAGAGUUUGGGCCGCCAAAAGAGGCUGGGCAGGUGCUUUCCGAGCUCACCCGUCGCCUGUCGCGCUUGGCGCGCCAUGCCCCGUGGCACGCCGCCACCCACGCAGCGCUCAGCGCAGCGCAGCAUACCGGGCUGCCGUGCGACACCCGCGCCGAGACAGCAAAGCUUGGUGCUGUGGCUGCUGGAGGAAGGUGGGCCGCAGCAUGGGCAUAUUUGCGGAGGCAGCUGGGCGGCGGCCUCCAGCCAGAUGCUGCCAUGCUGAAUGUUCUCCUGUCCAGCUCUACAGAGUCCAAGGGUUGGCGUCAAGGCCUUCAGCUGCUGCAGAUCUUCCUUGAGAAAAGCAUCGGACUUACAGCCCGCACCGCCAUGAAAGUAAUUCCGCUGGUCUCCUGGCCAACUGCCAGAGAACUUCUCAUUCAGAUGAGACGUCAGGUGGAAAUGAACGUUGUGGUUUGCAAUGCUGCCUUAGCAGCAGGAGUUCUGGAUUUGAAGCACUUCGACCACUGGAAAGUGGAGCCAGAUCUGAUUUCCUUGAACACAGCCUCUGACCUCCUGGUGAAGGCUGGUCGAUGGCAACAGGCCCAGCAAGCUUUGCAGAGCUUGGAGGACGUCGGUAUCGAGCGUGACACCCUCUCUUUGAACAUCCAGCUAUCUGCUUGUCCCUGGCGCGCAGCUGCAGCAAUCGCAGCAAUCGCAGCACAAGGAACUGGACUCCAGCUGGACCUUGUGUCUUUUUCAUCCACCAUGGCGGCUUGUGAGCGUUUCAGCGCUUGGUUGCCGGCGCUGCAGAUUUUCCAGGAUCAAAGGCAUCAUGACAUUGCCCCAGACCUGAUUGCCUACAAUUCUGUCACCAGCGCUUGCUGCAAAGGCGAAAGUUGGAGCUCUGGAUUGCACUUCUUUUCUGACAUCUUGACGGCUGAAAAUAGUUCUGUGGAAGUUGCUGGAACUGCAGUGUUGGCGGCUUGCAAGAGGAACGAGGAGUGGCCCUGGUGUUUGGAGCUUUUGCAAAUGCUCCAUUUGCGACGUGCAGCCGAUGUGGCUGCCUUCACAGCGACUAUCCUGGCCUGUGGAAAGGGGUCGAGAACUUCAGAGUGCCAAAUGCUUUUAGAUCAGCUGACAGAGAUGGCUCCUCCACCAUUGGCUGCUGUGAAUGUUCAGAUGAUGCUACACCAGGUCGCUGGACGAUGGCGCGAUGCCUUGCAGCUCUUGGUCUCCUGUGCCCAGCGUGCCUUGCGCUGCGACGAGGCGACGAUGCUGGGAGUCACUACGGCUGCAGGCCGAGGCCGCCGAUGGCGAAGGGCUGUGCUGGUCAUGAAAACCUUGGAACACCGCGAGAUGAAACCUGAUGUCGCUGUGUGUUCCACUCUGAUCACGGCAGCCUCAGAGCAGCUCAACCAAGCUUCUACCACCUCCUGGCCCGUAUCCGAACUGCUACAUGAGAUUCAAAGAAGAUCUCUUGCUGAUAUACGAAAUCAAAAAAAAAUACACAUCUAUUAA